GUUGCUCUCUGUCACUUCUGCGAGCUCCAUGGCCCUCGUACUCUCUUCUGCACGGAGGUGCUCCAUGCCCCACUUCCCCAAGGGGCUGAGGACAGGGACAGCCCUCACCAGGGCCAGCAGGCCGAGGAGGAGGAAGGCGGCAUUCAGAUGAGCAGCCGGAUCCGCGCACACAGCCCGGCGGAAGGGGCCAGCACCGAGUCCAGCAGCCCUGGGCCCAAAAAGUCAGACAUGUGUGAGGGCUGCCGGUCACUGUCUGCAGGACACCCAGGGUACAUCAGCCACGAUAAGGAGACCUCGAUCAAGUACGUCAGUCACCAGCACCCCAACCACCCGCAGCUGUUCAGCAUUGUCCGCCAGGCCUGCGUCCGGAGCCUGAGCUGUGAGGUCUGCCCUGGCCGUGAGGGGCCCAUCUUCUUUGGUGACGAACAGCAUGGCUUUGUGUUCAGCCACACCUUCUUCAUCAAAGACAGCCUGGCCAGGGGCUUCCAGCGCUGGUACAGCAUCAUCACCAUCAUGAUGGACCGGAUCUACCUCAUCAACUCCUGGCCCUUCCUACUGGGGAAGGUCCGGGGCAUCAUCGAUGAGCUCCAGGCCAAGGCGCUCAAGGUGUUCGAGGCAGAGCAGUUCGGGUGCCCCCAGCGUGCUCAGAGGAUGAACACAGCCUUCACGCCAUUCCUACACCAGAGGAACGGCAAC